GCAUGAUAAUUUUGCAUUCAGGUUAGAUAAAACCUUCCGAAUUUUAUAAUUCGUAAAUCUCGAAAGACUAAAAUACCUUACUAAAUUGGGCCUAUAAUGUUUCAUGUAACAAGACUUGAGAGUAUUCCAAAUGUUUCUACAUUAGAAAUAUUGUGGGCCAAUUUACAACAAAAUAACUAUGAUGAAAUUGAGGAUUUAAUUCAAAGACGUUCAGGAGACCAUGGAAUUUAUUUUAGUUACUUCGGCUCAGUAAGUAUCGCAAGCCCUGAAUAUGCUAAAAUUUUAUUGACUGAAUCAGAGGAUGAUGCUACCAAAUUCGAACCAGAUCCUGGUAGUUUUUUAGAUAAAUUUUUCGGGUCUGGAUUACCAUUUGCUAAUGGAGAUAAAUGGAGAACUCAUAGGAAUUUAGCGAAUUCUGCAUUCAAUAUUGCCUUAUCUCCAGAAAUUGUUGGUGAAACUACGAUGGACCUUUUUGCUUUCAUGAAACCAAAAUUAAAUCGACCAAUUGAUGUAUACGAAACUAUGCAACGUGUUACAAUUGAAGCAUUGGGAAAAUUGGGCUUUGGACAUAAGUUUGGAUGUUUAGAAUCCGAAGGAGUUUCUCAUCUUAUAAGUUCUUAUAAAUAUGUUGUUUCAAUUGUUGGAUCUCCUCUCUAUCGUAUGGUUCCAUGGGUAGAUAAAUUGCCUUUAAAAUCUAACAAAAAAUACUUGGAUGCACUCAAAGAAUUUGAUGGAUUCAUUUAUGAUGUUAUAGAAGCAAGGAGAAAUGAGAUUAAGAAAAAUUCUUAUAAUGGUCGUGAUUUAUUAACGAGCAUGUUAAAACUUACUGAACGAGAAGAAAUUAAUACCGAUAUAAAACAAUUAAGGGAUGAGUUGGCGAGCAUUUUUGCUGCAGGACAUGAUAGCACUUCAAUAGCAUUGAGUGUUUCGCUUUAUUUUCUUGCAAAAUAUCCAGAAAUGCAAGAAAAAGCACGAGCAGAAGUAAUUAAUAUUCUUGGUAACGAACCAAUUAUACCAAAUUCAGAUCAAUUAAAGGAAUUGAAAUAUGUCAAUGCAAUUAUUAAAGAAUCUUUACGAGCUUAUCCACCGGCACCAAUAAUAACUGCUAGAAGAUUAAAUAAGCCAGUUAAGCUUGGCCCCUAUACUCUACCAACAAAUACUAUAUGUAUGGUAAAUGCUUGGCAAAUUCAUCAUAAUCCAAAAUAUUGGAAAAAUCCUAAUCAAUACGACCCUGAAAGAUUUUUAAGUAGCGAGAAAAGACACGCAUAUUCUUGGGUUACUUUUUCUUCUGGUCCAAGAAAUUGUGUCGGACAAAAUUUAUCUUUAAUGGAACAAAGAAUUAUUCUUUCAAUGAUCCUGCUCAAAUAUAAAUGGACUCUCCCUGAAAAUAGCAUUAAUAAGGACAAAUUAUUAUUAAACGCUCAGUUCUUACUAACCCCCCGCGAUCUAAAACUUGUAUUUACCGAAAGAAUUAACAAAUAAGAUAUUGGAAUUAUUUUGAAAAUUAAAAAUAUUAGGAAUGAUUUAUAAAUACAUUAUACAGUAUAUAUGAUGAUAAUUAAUGCCCUAUGAAAAAAUUCUGUGUGAUUUCUGUUGAAAAAUCAUCCAAUUAAAUUUACUACGAUUUUAAUACGAUUUUCACUAUAAUUUCACUAUGAUCUCUGCACAUUUGAUCAUAAAAUAAAAUGUGCUAAAAAUUGCAAUAAAAUCACAUCAUUGU